AACAUUAUGAAGAGAUGGACUUCUGUUUAUCUGACCACAUGUGAAUGUGAAUUUUGCUUUUUUUUUUCUUUUUUUUUUUUCUUCAAAUGUGUUAGAAAUCACAUCCCGCAUGGCUUCUAUCUCCUCUGUGGUCGGCGUUGCCAUUGUAUUGUCAAGUAAUUCAGGGCGUUAAUCAGGUGAUUAAUUACCUUCGGCUUAUGUGACUCUGUUACGUCACGAGUCGGCAAGCUCCUAAACGUUCUCGGAAUGACUUGUCACUUUUGUCAAAAGGCGAUCAUCUUUGAGUAACCAUAUCACAAUCUAAAUAACAGGGCUAUGAAAACAGAGAAGCCAAACUCCGAACCGCCCACUCGACAGACCCUGACCAAUGGGAAGGGGCAUAUACCUGCCGGCAGUAAUAUAUCGGUCUGACUUUUCGGUGUGAUGUCACAAAGAUAGAACUCCCGACUUCAAGAGGGUUUUAUCAAAAUCACGCCAAAUCUGACGUCACAAAGAUGGAUUCCUGCCCUCUGACACCUCUUUCGGUAGACUGCAGUGUUGAGUACGAAUUGGACAUGUCCAGAUUUCCAGGAUGGAAUGACCCACAGACUCGAGCACAGCCAAGCCUGAUGUUACACCUCACAGAAUCAUGUUGUUGUCAGGCAUUCCAACAGAUAUCGUGUGACGAUGAUGAAUGUGAUGGCUCGUUAGUUGAUGACCUCUCUUGCAACGAGAUUUUCGACGAUGUGCCACAGUUUCCUGUUCGCACUCCCACACACACACUUGAAGAGGUCUUGUCCAGUGGUCGUACUUUGACCGACGUGAUGUGUGACCCCUUCAUCAUCGGCGCUAUGUCACCGAGUCCUCUGUCCCCUCUACGUAUCUCGUCGCCGGUAUCCUCGCUUCCUCUACCAGACAUUGACUUUCUCCUACUCAGUCCAUGUGAUGUACUUCAGCAUCCGAUUUCACGGCAAAAGAGGAAACAUGAAUUAGAUGACUAUGCUUGUCCAUCUACAGUAAAACGACAUUGUAACUAUGGCGACGAACUGUUCAGCGAGUUGUAUAUGACCUUCAACAGGGCCGAGGCCAAGGUCAACGAUCCUAGCACUCCGAACCCGGACGACGAUAUUGGAUACGAAUUUAUCGCACCUGUUCGUGAUUAAGUGUUGUUUGUUUACAAAUUAAAGUUAGUGCUUAUACCGUGGACUAAACAAUCUUGAUUAAGUGUUAUUAGUUGAGGAACUUUACCAGAUAGACGGCACACAAUGGCUUCAGGACUAUUAUGUAUUGUAAUGUCAUACUGUGAACUUUUGUAAAAUAUUACUUUGUUAUCCAGCAUGCGUGAUUAUAAAACUUAUGUGUCUCUGGUAUUGUUACGUUUGUUAUGCGGAAUACUUCUGUUAAUACAAUAUGUAAAUCUUAUUGACGCGUUUCGUUGUUAUUUUGCCUUGAACAUAACACAAG